UUAAAACAAUUCAACAGUGGGUUUUGAAAAUAAACUGUGGAAUUAAGGAAGUGUGGGGGUUGGGAGCUUUCAUUCCCUACCUCUGGGCUUGAACUUUUUGCCUCCUAAUUGAGUACCUUGAAAUGUACUUUGAUUCUGGAAUUCGAUUGCUAAGUUGUUUCUUUUCAAAGGCACCUGUUGAAGGAAAAGAAAAAGAAAAAGAAAUAGAAAAAUACUUAGAGAGUUGACGGCUGUUAAAACGGCUGUUAAAAAGAGGUAAAGCCAUUAUGAGUUGCCAGAAUGCUACCCUUGAGUUGAACGAAGGAUCCCAGCCCGGGCCAGAGAACCCAGAGAGAAUUUCACAAGGUGAAACUGCAGAGGAACAUGUCUGCAUAGCCCUGCUUGAAAACCAACUCAGCCUGGGCGACUUUGUCCAAAUACAAAGAGCCUUUGAGCCCUCAGAGCCAAGUCAAACCAUUUGUGUGUCCAGAGAAGAGUUUGUGCAGAGGAUGACAGAGAUUGUUGGUUGGGGCACAAAGGAAGAAUAUGGAGAGCUCUUUUUUUUUUUUUUUGCGCUCUUUGAUAAAGUGGAUGUGGCCCAAGAUGGCUGUAUUAAUUGGGACAAGCUGACUUCAUUUAUGCUGUUAACACUUUAUGAGAAAGAUGAACAAGCAAAGGCAAUGGUGGUUCCCCAGUGGAAAGACCUUGAAUGCCUCCCAGUGAAACGCAAGGACACCAUUCAAAAAGUAAUUUUCUUAAAAAGUUCAAGUCGUUAUCUGAUCAUCAGGAAGGAGGGUGUAGUAGGAAUCUGGGGAGAGAAUUUAAAGCUGCAAGAAAUGCUUCCCAUCACUUCAGAUGCCAACAAGCUUAAACACCUGUGGCUGACAAGUAUGGCUUCUCUGGAAAAUGUAAAUAAGAUAGCAGUGGCUUUUACAAGAAAAGAGAUUUGUUUCUAUGAUCUGCUGUCCAAAGAAGAAUUUCCUUGUCAAUAUAAACUCCAAGGCCUGAAAGGAACACCAAUUUGCAUGGAUUAUUGGUACGACCCUUUUGAUGCCAAUGAGUCAAUUCUUUCUCUUGGGGACGUAACCGGAAAGGUUCAAGUAAUUGCUUUCACAACGGCCUUGAUUUCCCUUUUUGAGCAUCCUGCUGGUGCAUGUGAAGAUGAAGAAGCAACUGUGACCAUUAACUGGGCAGAGCCGUGCUCUGGACGUCACAAAUGUUGCUAUACGUUAGGGCACAAACUUCAUUGUGGAGACUGGGUCAGACAAGUUACUUACAAUGCGUCCUUAGAUGCUAUUAUUUCCAGUACAACCAGCAAUACACACACUGGGGUGCUGACAUGGAGAGAGAAAACAAAAAAGCGUCUUAAAAUGACAUCCUUCAACAUUGCCCAGGGCAUUCAUGCUUUUGAUUACCACUCUCGUAUCAAGUUAAUUGCAGCUGCUGGCUUUAACAAUAAAGUUUGCCUUUGGAACCCCUAUGUUGUCUCUAAGCCGGUUGGUGUCCUUUGGGGUCACUCAGCCAGUGUAAUAGCUGUCCAAUUCUUUGCUGCAAGAAAACAACUUUUCAUCUUCUCCAAAGAUAAAGUUUUGAGACUCUGGGAUAUUCGGCACCAGCUGUCCAUCCAGAGGAUAGCUUGUUCUUUCUCCAAAAGUCAGGACUUCAGAUGUCUCUUCCACUUUGAUGAAGCCCACGGACGGCUUUUCAUCUCAUUUAAUAACCAGCUAGCAUUGCUGGCAGUGAAAAGUGAUUCCGGCAAGAGGGUGAAAAGCCACAAGAAAGCAGUCACUUGUGUGCUUUACAAUUCAGUCUUGAAGCAGGUAAUCAGUACUGAUGCGGGGUCGACGAUUUCCUUCUGGAUGAUAGACACUGGGCAGAAAAUCAAACAGUUUACUGGUUGCCAUGGCAAUGCAGAAAUCAGCACAAUGGCCCUCGAUGCAAAUGAGACACGGCUUUUGACUGGCAGCACAGAUGGGACUGUAAAGGUCUGGGACCUCAAUGGCUAUCGUCACCACACACUAAAUGUUGGGCAAGAGGGAGCUGUGGAUAUUUCACACAUCCUGGUUCUUAAGAAGAAAAUCCUGGUUACAGGCUGGGACAGAUCUGGACAGGAGCACCACAGACAACAGUCACACAAAUGCUGCAGUCUUCAGAGGCGGAGAGAACCAGUAAGCGGCCACCCGGCUCACACAUCUCUACGGAAAUUAUCCAGUCUUCAUGAGGCAAAGCAUUGGCGACUUGAGAACUGUUUUUCCUUUCCUAAAAGAAAUACUAAUUUAAUGGAAGAUAAGAUUCAAGAGAAAAGCAUAAAGGAAAUUCCUUUGCUUUCUAAGGAGGAAUCAUGGUUAGACCCAUCAAAACAUUCUCUACUUGAUAAGAAAAACAAAGAGUCAACAUACAACAUUGAAAGCAGUAUUUGAUGAGAAAAGCCUAUUCCCCAAAGAAAUUCUGGAUCGUGAAUGAAGAGCCAGGCAAUUAUGUCAAGACACAAGUAGUGACGUAAAGAUUAAAAGGAAUAAGAAGCCAUUAUAAUUGAAAGAAAAAUAAAUAUUUCAUGGUCACAUAAACAGUACCUGGGCCUCU